GCGGGGGCUCGCCUUCGAGGAGCGGGGUGGGGAGGUUGGGACACCUUGGUCCGGGAGGCGGACAUCACGGUGGUGGUGGUGGUGGUGGUGGGAUGUUGACAGGAGGUGUUGGAGAUGGCGAUUCCCACGAGGUCAGGAGACGGAAGCUCUGGGCUGUUGCUGUGCUUGAGGAUCCGGAGAAGUUGGCCAUGUAUGCGUGUAGUCGCGGAGACAGCAUCCCAGGCACCCGCCUUCACUUCACCCGCAUGCUCUGCGGUUUCGACGAGGAGCCGACGCUGCUGCAGCAGCAUCAGCAGCAGUCGGACCACCGCAAGGCAUCGUCGUCUUCGGCGCGGCGGGAUCCGAGACGGCGGAGCGCUGGAGGGGACCGGAUGGGUCGUCAUUGAUCGGGGAAGGACAUUUCUACCUUUUUACUCUUUUAACGGCCUUUCUUCACUUGCGACUUGGGGAGUGUGUGUGUGUGUGGGCGAUGGGCGGGGCAUGGCGUCGGG